CCAGCUUUGUUUUGGUCCGUUUGACUCUGAAAGCAAAUCAAGGCGGGGAGUGGGUUGGUUGGUUAGUUACUUACUAGUUACUUGUUACUGGACUUUAUCUUUACAUCUAAGCCAGUCGCACCACUUGUCUCGUUGGUGGCAUCAACCCUGGCCAUGGCGUCGUCCUCGACGACCACAGGGGCAUUUCUGGAGGUGCCCGUGUCCUCCACCGUGACCACCACCACCACCCUCGAGGACAACACUCAAUCCGGGUCGUUCGACUUGCGAGCUAUGAUGGCCUCCACUCGGAAACAUGAACGGAAAAUGGGCAAAAUCAGAACGGCCUACUUGCCUCAAAGAUUGGCGUUCUCGGAGCAAAAUCAUAGCGGGGGUGGGGGUACGCACCCUGAACGGGUCACGCCCAUGCCUCAGCGGUAUUUUGGGACCACCCCUUCGGCCACGUCGAGUCAGAAGCCUGUGCCUCAUCGGCCCCAUCGGCCUAUGCCGCUGCCGCCCUUUCAACCUACGCCCACUAAUCCGGGUGGGCGGUCCGUUUUGGGCGGGUCCGAGCUGGCCGACCAGCCCCUUCGUUCUCUGGCCUUCACCCCAAAAGAGCGAUUCCAUUCGUCCACGUCACGAUUGGCGCAAGUGCCGGAAGUGACCACGCCUUCAUCGCAGAGUUCAUUCAGCCAAGAUCCUCAUAACCCGGACAGUUUGAUUAUGAAAUGGAUCUUGAUUAAGGGCAAGAAAUACGCCUUACUCACCGUGUUGGGCAAAGGCGGAUCGUCCCAGGUGUAUGAGGUGUUUGACGAAGAGCGCAACUUGAAGGCCAUCAAAAUCGUGGACCUCUCAGAAGCGGACGAGGCUCAAGCGCGCGGCUACCUAAAUGAGAUUAACAUGCUGGAAAAGCUCCAAGGUCAUCACCGGAUUGUGCGCAUGUUUGACUAUGAAUAUCGCCCCCAUGAGGGCAAGCUCUUCAUUGUGAUGGAACGCGGUGAGACGGAUUUGUCCACGUUGAUCAAGCGCAUCUCGGCCAACCAUGAGAUCACGGAGCUCAAGAUCAAGUUCUAUUGGAAUGAAAUGCUAGAGGCCGUGCAAGUGAUCCACGAAGCCGGCAUCAUCCACUCGGACUUAAAACCGGCCAAUUUCAUCCUUGUGGCGGGCACUUUGAAACUGAUCGAUUUCGGCAUCGCUUCUUCUGUGCAAAGUGACAAAACAAGCGUCGUCAAAGAGAGUCAAAUGGGCACGUUCAACUUCAUGUCACCCGAGGCCAUUCAAUCCGGACCCGUGGACGACAACGACGGUGACGACGAGGAUCAACAAUGCAUUAAGAUCAGUCGCAAGUCGGAUGUGUGGUCGCUCGGGUGCAUUUUGUACAACCUGACUUAUAAGAAAAUGCCCUUCGGCCACUUCCGGCGACCUUUAGACAAGUUUCGAGCCAUCACCGAUCCCGAAUACAAGAUCCCCUUUCCCUCUGACGGGCACGAUCCUCUUCUAGUUGAUGUGAUCAAGCGCUGUCUGAUGAGAGAUCCACGAGAACGAGCUUCCGUCGCCGAGCUCUUAAACCACUCGUUCUUGAAGUCCAAGAAUCUUGGUACGAACAAUAACGCCAAGACGACGAACACCAAUGUGGAGCAGCUAUUGUCAAAACUGGGAACUGUGCUCACUCCGAACAGUAAGCAAGUGCUCAGCCAGGCCAUGAGGAAAAUCUCGACCUCGGAAACGAGCUUGAACGCACUCAGACACUUGGAUUUGACCGCUGACGAGACCUGAGAAUGAUUUCCCCUUUCCUCCAACUCAAUACUUUCUUAUUUGCCCUCUCGGAUUGAUCAAGAGAAGAACAUCCUUCCUCUUGCUAAUAUUCCAGCGCUUUGUACAUUCGAGAUCAUAUGCUUUUGAAUAACAUCCUUUUUCCACUCGCUCCCUAACUCAGCCUAUACACCUUACGUUUGUUCCGUUCAAAAAGAAAAAAAAACAAA